AUGGAUAUCCACCGCUCGUCACAAUCUGUGCGCAUGCCCACUCGCCCCUCCUAUGCGGCGAGACGGCCAACUACUUCCCGCGCGACCUCCCAUACUUCGACCUCCUCCUCACAUUCCCGAGACCCCAUGCCCAUACCCGGCGCCCCUAUAGACGAGCCGCCUCCACCCCUCCCACCACCCCGUUACAAUGAAGAGCUGGACAGAGGCAUAGAUGCGGCGUGGAGCUGGUCCAAUUCUCAGCCACUUGGAGUCGCUGGAAAACUUGCUCCCAUCAGACCCAGUUCCAGUCUGUACGGCGGCUACAUGCGCUCUCGCACCAACUCGAGACUUUCACCCGAUCACGACGAAAUGGACGUCGACGAUUGGGACCGUCGAGGAAGCGCUGCUCUGACCAUCCGCUCGCCAUCACAGGCAGACAUCCUCAUGGGUGCAGGCGGCGCAGGCAUCGCCAUCGAGGCAGGCGCGCCCACUAGCAUUCCAAGCCUGGUCAGACGACCUCCCUCACCAACCCCAUCAAACCAAAGACUCCAUGGCGAGAGACCACUGGCUCAGGAGAACUUCAAUCGCUCCUCACAAGCCUACGAUCAGAGCCUCCUGUCCAAGAUUGGCAAGCCCAAUUCGCCGCCACACCAGCGAUCCGAGUCGGGAGACACGGCGCCUCUGAACCACAAGCUUUCCCUACAGACAAGAGAUGCCAAAUCUCAGCAGCGCUUGACCGUCACAGAUCUUUCUGCCGCGCCCAUGGACUCGGCACGGUGGAUCACAAGCCCAGUUUCCGGAGGCGUCUCGCCAGGCUCCCGAGCUGGAUGGCGGGACGAUCAUAUAGAUCACCGAAGCCCGUCCAACGACAGCGCAGCCAAUUCUCUCGUUCUAGACCCGGAGCUAUUCCUCCAGUCACGAAGUGGCAGCAAGCAGGCACAUAGCGGUGCUCAAGCUGGCAUCGACGACUCUGCCAGUGUCGAGACAAGGUCGCAAAGAGGAAGUUACGAUCAAGCUAUGUUCGGAACAGACCAAGACUUUGCCCACGAGGACCACCACGGCCAGCUCGAAAGACAGAUUUCUAGACAAGGAAUGAAGCGACGUGCGCUGUCACCGCCUUCAGACGCGGCGCGGGACGAUAAGUCGCCAACCUAUACAAGCGAUCUGUAUCAGAAGGUGUUUGUCUCUAGUGCCGCUCGAUCACCAGCCUCGGCAUACCGCGCUCACCCCGGAUAUGGUUCUGUUUCGUCAACGGCAUCGAGUGUCAGACAGAAUUCGUACGCUUCAUCGUUCGCGCCAUCUAUCGCUGCCAGCAGCAUGACCAGCAUCUCAUCGUUUGACCGACAGUCCCCCUCCGACCCAUCCCAGGCCCAUCCGUUCAUCACCUCUGCGGGGCCGGUCUCCAGCCCUGCCACGUCAAUCCCCCCUCCUCGGAAACCUCACGGCCAACAAUCGCCGCAGGACAGCAAAGCAAUCGCUCGCAAGAUGUCUAUUCAAACGGCUGUCAACGACACCCGGGGUACCCCCGCCACCAAGCUCGGCAGUUACUACAUAUGCGAAUGUUGUCCCAAAAAGCCCAGGAAAUUUGAUACCGAGGAAGACUUGAGGCAAAAGCAAUACGCGUGCCAGUACUGCAAUAAUCGAUUCAAGAACAAAAAUGAAGCUGAGAGGCAUCAGAACUCGUUACAUCUACGACGGCAUUCUUGGUCUUGCGCGGCCAUUCCGAAUUACCAGGCGGCGUUUCACCCUUCCACCUCCGGUGCGCCAGGUUUGAGCGACGUUUGUGGCUACUGUGGCGAAGAAUUUCCCAAUCAUCCGACACCAGACUGGGAGCGCCGCGUUGAUCAUCUUACCAAUGUACACAAAUUCGGCGAAUGCAACCAGGGCAAAAAGUUCUUCAGAGCCGACCAUUUCCGGCAACAUCUGAAGCAUAGCCAUGCAGGACAAAGCGGCAAAUGGACCAACAUGCUGGAAACCAUUUGUUUACGAGAGGAGGUACCGCCGGAGGGUCCUGGAAUUUCUCCAACUGGCAGCGAACACAGCAGUCAGGGUCGUGGACCGAGCAGUCUUCCGGCUCCCGGAGAUGCGCCAAUGGGCGGCGCAACAAUCAACGAGGCCCGGGACGAGUCGUGA